UAGAUAUUUAUAUUAAGCAAAUAUUAACACCAGUUUGUCGUUCGUUAUGCUCUAGUGAAUGCAGAUGACUAGCUUCCGAAAAUGACUUUAAAAAAGGGGUUAUAAUAUAAUGAGGCGGGGGGGGGGAAAUUUAUAUUAAUCGUUAUAUACUAAAUUAUUCCUCCCUCGUCUCUUGUUCUCUCUCUCUCUCUCUCUCUCUCUCUUUCGCUCGGGAUAUUUAUCUACUGCUAAACAGUUUUUGAAAGCAACUUACUGUGGCAACAACGCUACUUCAGCAUUAACAAACACCGAUAAAUCGGCUAAGACAUAGCAUUUUCUUCGUUUAUUUAGUAAUUCGUUGACACUCAUUUGCUUUUCAAUUUCUAAAAUUAUCGUAUCACUAGACGAAAACAUUGUGCGCACUUUGUGAGGUGGUGGUAAACAGGACAAAAAUCUGCUGCUGCCCGACUAAUAACAAACAAUGCAGUGAGCCGUCACAUUUUGGUGAAACCGUAUUCACUUUGGAUUAUAUCCAAAGAUUUUUUAGCAAACCAAUAACUUUCGAAUGUUACCACCACUGCUGAAUAACAAUAUCUUACAGUAAUUGUCAUCUCUAAUAGUUCAUCAAUUUAGUAAAUGAUUCCAAAAGAUGUUGAUUACAGAUUUCCCGCAUGAGGUACUUAUGUACCUAUUCAGGUUUCUUUCCGGCCCACAAUUGGCUCCUUUACGGCUUGUCAACAAAAAAAUGUUGGAUGUUGUAUCUCAAGACGCAGUAUGGAUGGACAAAUGUAAUCGAGAAUAUAAUGUAAAGAGCUUAACUAACUGGGGAUUCAAUUCCUAUUAUGAACUUUAUACCCAAGUUCUUCACAAGUUUGGAUUUUUAAUUGGAAUUUGGAGAGCUGUGAUGUCUCCUUAUGGAAGCCUGAUUAAAUUUGAGCCUAAAGAUGGUAAGGUUCUUGGACUAGAACUCUCAGCACCCUGUCCACCAAAUAUCAAUUCACCAUUACGCAGAAAAUUACUUUUUUCAAUUGAAGUAGAAGACUCUGAAGUGAAGACCCUGUGCCAUAUGGGACCAAACAAUAUUCCUCAUCAGUGCAACAUAUUUGCUGUUGAAGGAGAUAAGUCUCUGGUGAAAUUUGAAUGCUGUGUGGAAGCAGCUCACCGUAAUCCUGGUGGCAUGAGACGGGAAUUCGAACAAUUUCUGAUGGAUGAAAGCAGUGAAAUUACAGAAAUAAUAUUUACUGGUAAAAUUGAACUGCUGCAAAAGUUUUGGGUGUUAAAAAGAUUUGAAUCUGGCUUUGAUAUGGUUAGGAUCCAUAUUCCAACAGCGUCUCCACUCACCAUUCUUGAUGCUGGUAUGUACAAAGGGGAUUAUAAUAUGUUUGGUUAUGAACUGGUUCUAGUUUCAUUUUCUGAAGACGGUGAUACUAUUCUAGCUUCAAAAGUCACAGGUGACCCCCAUGUGUCAGGGGGUGAAAAAGCAUUUGAGAUACAUUUGACUGCACCAAUACUUCUUCGGGAAGACCAACAGACAACAAUGAGUGUUGUUCAACAGCAUGAAUGGACAGUAGUACAAAGCUAUGAGGAAUUUCCUGAACAAGCAUUUAUUAUCCCUCAAGAUUGUCUAUAUGAAGGCCCUAAUAUGCCAACUACCUGCAGUGCCAGAUUUCAUGGCAAGUUCCAAGUGCUUUCACUAAGUCAAAACACAGCUGAUUUAUUUGACUGUCACCUCAUUGUUUUUAACAGAAAAUUGUUUACAAUUCUUACUUUUGAAACAAAGCAACUCUAUUGUUUUCAUCGUGUAGAAGAAACCUCCUUAUAACAAAGAUCUCAAUUUUAUUAUUUUUUUUUACUGUGAUUUUAAUACUCCUUUUACAUUUUGAUUUAAACAAAUGAGGUUGGUACACUUAACUGA